CUUGAUUCAUAAACUAAUAUUAGAAAAUAUAGGAAAAUCAAAUAAAUUUUGUUGAAAAUGUUGAAAAACUAUAUUUUAACACAAAAAGACAACACAUUUCUUAGUUUAUCUAAAUCAUGACCAAAGCAAAACGAUUACUUGUCAUCAAUCCCAAUACAAGCAAAGAAAUGACAUUGGUAAUUCAACAAUCUGUGGAUGAUUCGAUUAAAAAACUAGGAGGCUUAAUGGAAGCAACAACGACUAGUGCGGAUCAAGGUGUAGCAUCGGUAGAAGGAUCGUUUGAUGAAGCGGUAUCGACCUAUUGGACUGUAGAUAAAGUGAUGACUCUAUUAGAUGAAUAUGACGGUGUCUUGAUUGCCUGUUUCUCUCAUCAUAUAUCAGUUAAGGUUUUACGGGAAGCAACUAGUAAACCAGUAAUGCAUAUUAUGGAAGCCGCUAUUUUGCAAUCAUUACCUUUAGGUGCCAAAUUCUCUAUCGUGACCGAUUCAGCUCAUUGGAAACCAUUAUUAGAGGAAGGAAUUCAAUCCAUUUUGGGUUCUAUGGAACGUUGUGCAAGUGUACGAUCAUCCGGUAUGACAGCUUUAGAUACAGUAACCUUAUCGGUGGAUCAAGUGAUGAAUAAACUACUGGAGGCAAGUCAAUUGGCAAUUAAAGAAGAUGGUGCUGAGGUGAUUCUAUUGGGUUGUGCUGGUAUGUCUCAGUUGAAAAAAGAUAUUGAAAUUAAUUUAGGUGUCCCUGUGAUUGAUGCUGUAUCUGCUGGUGUUAUGUCUAUGGUAGGCUUAUUAUUGUCCAAUCUUUUUACAAGUCCUUGUGGUAUGUAUACUCCACUUCCAAGUCGUCCUGAUGAAGUUUCUGUACCUAAUCAAGGUAUUAUGAUGGCUUAUCAUUCCGGUGCAAAAUAGAUAGUUUUACUUUUUUAUGAUAAUAUCUCUUGAAAUAAAGUUUCUUCUUUUUUUUUGGUA